GGGUGUUAUUGCCCCCUUCCCGGUGCGGGACGCGGCAGUGUCCAGUCAGGGUGUCAGGCCCCGGCUUUUCUGUGUCCUUUCCAGGGUCAGGGAGGAGGCAGUGACUUGCCUUUUGGGCGCUGAGCCCGGGAGGCAGUGCAGUAGGCCGCCGUCCCACCUGCCCGGUUCACGUCACCCUCCGUUCGCUCGCUCUCCUGCUCCACCCGUGGCCUCCCGGACGGCUCCAGGACUGCGUGCCUGAGGCAGAGGUGGCAGUCGCGGCUGACCGGACUGAGCCGAAGCUGCGGCCCUUAGGGCGGCGUUAGCUCUGGGGAGGAGGAGGAGAGAAGAUGGCGUCGGAGCUGGAGCCCGAGCUGCAGGCCAUCGACCACAGUUUGCUGGAUUGUUCCGCCGAGGAGAUCGCUGGAAAAUGGUUACAAGCCACUGACCUCACUAGAGAAGUAUACCAGCAUUUAGCCCACUACGUGCCCCAGAUCUACUGUAGAGGUCCCAACCCUCAUCCACAGAAGGAAGACAUGCUAGCCCAGCAAGUCUUAUUGGGACCUAUGGAAUGGUAUCUUUGUGGUGAAGACCCUACAUUUGGAUUUUCAAAAUUAGAAAGAGCAAACAAACCGUCUCAUCUUUGUGGUCGUGUUUUUAAAGUAGGAGAGCCUACAUACUCUUGCAGAGACUGUGCAGUUGAUCCAACUUGUGUUUUAUGCAUGAAGUGCUUUUUGGGAAGUAUUCACAGAGACCAUCGAUACAGGAUGACAACAUCAGGAGGUGGAGGUUUCUGUGACUGCGGUGAUACUGAAGCUUGGAAGGAGGGUCCUUACUGCCAAAAACAUGACCUGAACACCUCUGAAACUGAUGAAGAUGAGGAUCCCCUUGUGCAUUUAUCAGAAGAUGUGAUAGCAAGAACUUACAACAUUUUUGCUAUUAUGUUUCGCUAUGCAGUAGAGAUAUUAACCUGGGAAAAAGAAAGUGAAUUGCCAGCAGAGUUAGAGACAGAGGAACAGACUGAUACCUAUUAUUGCAUGCUGUUUAAUGAUGAGGUGCAUACCUAUGAGCAAGUUAUUUAUACUCUUCAGAAAGCUGUUAACUGUACACAGAAGGAAGCCAUUGGUUUUGCAACCACAGUUGAUCGAGAUGGGCGUAGGUCUGUUCGAUAUGGAGAUUUCCAGUAUUGUGAGCAAGCAAAAUCAGUCAUUGUGAGAAAUACCAGUAGACAGACGAAACCACUCAAAGUUCAGGUUAUGCAUUCGUCUAUUGUCGCACAUCAAAAUUUUGGUUUGAAGCUGUUGUCGUGGCUGGGAAGUAUUAUUGGAUUUUCAGAUGGCCUGCGUCGAAUCUUAUGUCAAGUUGGAUUACAAGAAGGGCCGGAUGGUGAAAACUCUUCUCUAGUGGAUAGACUGAUGCUCAGUGAUUCCAAAUUGUGGAAAGGUGCUAGGAGCGUCUAUCACCAGUUGUUCAUGAGCAGUCUACUGAUGGAUUUGAAAUACAAGAAACUAUUUGCUAUUCGAUUUGCAAAAAACUAUGAGCGUUUGCAGAGUGAUUAUGUGACAGAUGACCACGACAGAGAGUUUUCAGUCGCAGACCUCUCGGUUCAGAUAUUCACGGUUCCUUCACUUGCUCGAAUGCUCAUCACAGAAGAAAACUUGAUGACCACAAUCAUUAGGACUUUCAUGGACCAUUUGAGACACCGAGACUCCCAGGGCAGAUUUCAGUUUGAACGCUAUACUGCUCUGCAAGCCUUCAAGUUCAGAAGAGUUCAGAGCCUUAUCUUAGAUCUCAAGUAUGUGCUGAUCAGCAAGCCAACAGAAUGGUCAGAUGAGCUAAGGCAGAAGUUCCUAGAAGGGUUUGAUGCCUUUUUGGAAUUAUUAAAAUGUAUGCAGGGAAUGGAUCCAAUUACACGACAAGUUGGACAGCAUAUUGAAAUGGAGCCGGAAUGGGAAGCAGCCUUCACACUACAAAUGAAAUUAACACAUGUCAUCUCAAUGAUGCAGGACUGGUGUGCCUUAGAUGAAAAAGUGUUAAUUGAAGCUUACAAGAAAUGCCUGGCUGUACUGAUGCAGUGUCAUGGUGGUUUUACUGAUGGUGAACAGCCAAUCACACUAAGCAUUUGUGGCCAUUCAGUGGAAACUAUCAGAUACUGCGUUUCCCAAGAAAAAGUUAGCAUUCACCUGCCAGUUUCUCGAUUACUUGCAGGUUUACAUGUGUUAUUAAGCAAAAGUGAAGUGGCAUAUAAGUUUCCAGAGCUUUUACCUCUGAGUGAACUUAGCCCACCCAUGUUGAUAGAACAUCCUCUUAGAUGUCUUGUCCUGUGCGCCCAAGUACAUGCUGGAAUGUGGAGAAGAAAUGGAUUCUCACUAGUAAACCAGAUUUAUUACUACCAUAAUGUGAAAUGCAGACGGGAGAUGUUUGACAAGGAUAUAAUCAUGCUUCAGACAGGUGUCUCCAUGAUGGAUCCAAAUCACUUCCUGAUGAUAAUGCUUAGUCGCUUUGAACUUUAUCAAAUUUUCAGUACCCCAGACUAUGGGAAAAGAUUUAGUUCUGAGGUUACCCAUAAGGAUGUUGUUCAGCAAAAUAAUACUCUAAUAGAAGAAAUGCUAUACCUCAUUAUAAUGCUUGUUGGAGAGAGAUUUAGUCCUGGAGUGGGACAGGUAAAUGCCACUGAUGAAAUUAAACGGGAGAUUAUCCAUCAGUUGAGCAUCAAACCCAUGGCUCACAGUGAAUUGGUAAAGUCUCUGCCUGAAGAUGAGAACAAGGAGACUGGCAUGGAGGCUGUGAUCGAAACAGUUGCCCAUUUCAGGAAACCUGGAUUAACAGGACGGGGCAUGUACGAACUGAAACCAGAAUGUGCCAAAGAGUUCAAUUUGUAUUUUUAUCACUUUUCAAGAGCAGAGCAGUCCAAGGCAGAAGAAGCUCAGCGGAAAUUGAAAAGACAAAAUAGAGAAGAUACAGCACUUCCCCCUCCAGUCUUGCCGCCAUUCUGCCCUUUGUUUGCAAGCCUGGUUAACAUUUUGCAGUCAGAUGUCAUGUUGUGCAUCAUGAGGACGAUCCUGCAAUGGGCUGUAGAACACAACGGAUAUGCCUGGUCAGAGUCCAUGCUGCAGAGGGUGUUACAUUUAAUUGGAAUGGCACUACAAGAAGAAAAGCAGCAUUUACAAAAUGUCGUGGAAGAACAUGUAGUAACAUUUGCCUUCACUCAGAAGAUUUCAAAACCUGGUGAAGCACCGAACAACUCUCCAAGCAUCUUAGCCAUGCUGGAAACACUGCAGAAUGCGCCCUACCUGGAAGUCCACAAAGACAUGAUUAGGUGGAUAUUAAAGACCUUUAAUGCCAUUAAGAAGAUCAGGGAGAGUUCGUCCACCAGUCCUGUGGCAGAGACAGAAGGAACCAUAAUGGAAGAGAGUUCAAGAGACAAAGACAAAGCGGAGAGGAAGAGGAAAGCCGAGAUCGCCAGGCUACGUCGGGAGAAGAUCAUGGCCCAAAUGUGUGAGAUGCAGCGGCACUUCAUCGACGAGAACAAAGAGCUGUUUCAGCAGACCUUGGAGCUGGAGGCUUCUGCCUCCACCGUUCUCGAAAAUAGCCCUGUGGUUUCAGACAAGACACUUAUAGCAUUGGGUCCUGCAAAAACUCAGGUCUCUGAACAAAGACAAUUUGUGACCUGCAUAUUGUGUCAAGAGGAGCAGGAAGUUAAAGUGGAAAACAAGGCAAUGGUCCUGGCAGCAUUUGUCCAAAGAUCAACCGUAUUGUCAAAAAACAGGAGUAAAGUCAUUGAGGAUCCAGAAAAACAUGACCCAUUAUUUAUGCACCCUGACCUGUCCUGUGGAACACACACUGGCAGCUGUGGGCAUGUCAUGCAUGCUCAUUGUUGGCAAAGGUAUUUUGAUUCCGUUCAAGCUAAAGAGCAGCGAAGGCAACAGAGGUUACGCUUACACACGAGCUAUGACGUAGAAAACGGAGAGUUCCUUUGUCCCCUCUGUGAAUGCCUGAGUAAUACUGUUAUUCCUCUGCUGCUUCCUCCAAGCAAUAUUUUUAACAGGAGGUUAAGUUUUUCAGACCAACCAACUCUGACACAGUGGAUUGGAACAGUAUCUGAGCAAAUCAAAGCCUUACAGGCUCUCAGGAAAGAAGAAAGUGUUCCUAAUACUGCCUCUUCAAAGAAUCCAGCAAGCAUGGAUGAAUUACAGCACCCUGGAAGGUUCAAACCUGAGAACCCUUAUUCUGAGAGCAUAAAGGAAAUGCUAACGACAUUUGGAACUGCUACUUACAAGGUGGGCCUCAAGGUUCAUCCCAACGAAGAAGACCCCCGGGUGCCCAUAAUGUGUUGGGGCAGUUGUGCCUACACCAUCCAGAGCAUAGAAAGAAUUCUGAGCGAUGAAGAUAAACCGUUGUUCGGUCCUUUGCCUUGCAGAUUGGAUGACUGUCUGAGGUCACUAACAAGAUUUGCAGCAGCGCACUGGACAGUGGUGUCACUUUCAGUGGUACAAGGACACUUCAGUAAACUUUUUGCAUCAUUGGUGCCUGAUAACAGCCAUGAAGACCUUCCUUGCAUAUUAGAUAUCGACAUGUUUCAUUUGUUGGUGAGCUUGGUGCUGGCUUUCCCCGCGCUGCAGUGCCAAGAUUUUUCUGGGAUCAGCCUUGGCACUGAAGACCUUCACAUUUUCCAUCUGGUCACCAUGGCACACAUCGUACAGAUCCUGCUGACCUCAGGGACAGAAGAGAAUGGCAUGGAUCAAGAAAAUCCCACCGGUGAGGAAGAAUUAGCAGUUCUUGCUUUGUAUAAAACGCUUCACCAAUACACAGGAAGUGCCUUGAGAGGAGCCCCCUCUGGCUGGCAUCUGUGGAGAACUGUCAGAGCUGGGGUCUUGCCUUUCCUAAAGUGUUCUGCUCUGUUUUUUCAUUACUUAAACGGAGUCCCUCCCCCACCCGACAUUCAAGUUUCUACAACAAACAGUUUUGAACAUUUAUGUAACUAUCUUUCAUUACCGAGCAACCUCAUAUGCCUUUUUCAAGAAAAUAGUGACAUAAUGAAUUCACUGAUUGAAAGUUGGUGUCGUAACAAUGAAGUGAAAAGAUACCUAGCAGGUGAAAGGGCUGCUGUAAGCUAUCCAAGAGAAUCUAACAAAUUAAUAGACCUUCCAGAGGAUUACAGCAGCCUCAUUAAUCAAGCAUCCAAUUUCUCGUGUCCCAAAUCAGGUGGUGACAAGAGCCGAGCUCCAACUCUGUGCCUUGUGUGUGGGACUCUGCUGUGCUCCCAGAGCUACUGCUGCCAGACCGAGCUGGAAGGGGAGGACGUGGGAGCCUGCACGGCCCACACCUACUCCUGUGGUUCCGGGGCCGGCAUCUUCCUAAGAGUGCGGGAGUGUCAGGUGCUGUUCCUGGCUGGCAAGACCAAAGGCUGCUUUUACUCCCCUCCUUACCUAGACGACUACGGGGAAACGGACCAGGGCCUCAGACGAGGAAACCCUCUGCGCCUAUGCAGAGAGCGCUUCAAGAAGAUCCAGAAGCUGUGGCACCAGCAUAGCAUCACUGAGGAGAUCGGACACGCACAGGAAGCCAACCAGACCCUGGUCGGCAUCGACUGGCAGCACUUGUGAUGACAUCACUGCCAAAACCACAGGCCCGGAUUUCUGUAACCCAGCUGGCUUUUUAAGAAAGAGAUUAGGAAAUAAAUUGCAUCAGGUUUUGAAAUGGA